GCUAGUGAUCACGUUACUGUUUGUAACACAGAUCAACAAUAGAGUUGUGUCAAUUAUAUUUUCAAAGAUGUAUCCCCUUUUGCUAUCCAUCCACCCAUUACAGACGAGAAGGCGAUACUUGCUAAAACGACAGCAGUAGCGGUACGUUUGGUUUUCAAUGGAAAGCGGAAGUUAAAUAUGUUUUCUUUGGGUCGAGCGGCGCGACGAUCUGAGGUGGAGUAGCAAAAAGAAGACCACUGCCGCCAUACUGAAAUCCUUCCUUUUUUUCUGUGCACCGUCAGUGUCGCUACUUUGAUAUAAGAUGUCUAAGCUUCCCACCAUUCUUAGCCCCACCGAGGAGGAUGUUCAGCUCUUGUUGAGCGCUCAGUGCCACAUUGGUACCAAGAACGCCACCACCCGUAUGACCCCCUACGUCUACAAGCGCCGUGCUGACGGUAUCCACAUCCUCAACCUCGGCAAGACCUGGGAGAAGCUCAUCUUGGCUGCCCGUGUCAUUGCGACCAUUGAGAACCCUGCCGACAUUUGCGUCGUCUCGGCUCGUCCCUACGGUCACCGUGCUGCCUUGAAGUUCGCCAAGUACAUUGGUGCUGAAGCUAUCGUCGGUCGUUUCACCCCCGGUACCUUCACUAACUACAACACCCGCUCCUUCCGUGAGCCCCGUUUGAUCAUCACCACUGAUCCCCGCACCGAUUUCCAGGCCAUCAAGGAAGCCUCGUACGUCAACAUUCCCGUCAUCUCGCUUGCCGACUCCGACUCGCAGUUGCAGUUCGUUGACGUUGCUGUCCCCACCAACAACAAGGGUAAGCACGCUCUUGGUUUGAUCUACUGGUUGUUGGCCCGUGCCGUCCUCCGUCUCCGUGGCACUUUGGACUACGAGACCGCCUGGGACGUCAUGGUUGAUAUGUUCUUCUACCGCGACCCCGAGGAGGCCGAGAAGGAGCAGGAAGCCGCUGCCGCUGCUGCCGCUUUGGAAGGCGACUUUGAUGCCGCUGCUCAGGAAGUUUCCGGUGACUGGGCCGUUGAGGGUACUGCCAACGAAGGUGUUGCUGGCAUCGCCGCCGCUGCCACCGCUGACUGGAGCGCUGCCCCCACCGACUGGGCUGAUGAUGCUGUUGUCCCCACCCCCGCCGCCAACUCGUCCUGGGACGCAUAAAUACUUUACUCCUAAUCUAUAGAGUGUAAUUUUAUGGUGUCAUAGAAAGAUUUUUUAAAAAAAUAUAUGCAUGGAAAAAAGUUCUUUUUCUCUUGUAAUCAAAAA